CUGAAGUACUGCUUCAAGGCCUUCACUCCGAACCUUUUGGCUUUCUUUCGACCUUCUUAAAUUGGAGAGCUAAAGUUGGACAAAGUUGAUAUUAGGAGGACCUGGACAGAGCCGGAACGGACCGUUUAUGGAAACUGCAAGAAGUGUGUCGCGUACAGUGAGGCACGAGGUGGUCAGCAAAACUGUCUUUGCUGCGGAUGGGAACAUGCUGAUCGAUGUUAAAAAAGAAGAUCGACGACUACACACUGAUGCCAGCCCUCUGCGCUGUUUGAUUGGGUGUGACUCUCCUCCUCUGGCGGUGUGUGAGGGCUGCUCGCGAUUCAUCUCUGACCGCUUCCUGAUGCGAGUCAACGGCGCGUAUUGGCACCAGGACUGCCUGCAGUGCGCAGCGUGCCAGCAGCCGCUCAUUGCCACCUGCUACUUCCGAGACAGCAAACUGUUUUGCAGGAGAGACUACCAGAGAUUAUUUUCCACCAAUUGCAGUGGCUGUCUGGAGAAAAUUGCUCCAACAGAGUUUGUAAUGCGAGCUGUGCAGAGUGUUUACCACCUCAGCUGCUUCUGCUGCAGUGUCUGUGAGCGUCGACUGAGCAAAGGAGACGAGUUUGUGCUGAAGGCUGGUCAACAGCUGCUGUGUAAGGCCGACUAUGUGAAAGAAAGAGACCUGCUGAGGACCAUGAGCCCAGACAGUUCAGACUCAGAAAAGAGUGAGGAUGAGAUAUCAGAUGUAAAGUCAGAAAAAUUUAUUACAGCAGAGAAAAGGAGUGAUGACAGCAAAGAGCCUCUGCGUCCUAAACGGCCGCGCACCAUCCUCACCACGCAGCAGAGACGUGCCUUUAAGGCUUCGUUUGAGGUUUCCUCCAAGCCCUGCAGAAAGGUCAGAGAAAUCCUGGCAGCAGAGACCGGGCUAAGUAUUCGUGUGGUCCAGGUGUGGUUCCAAAACCAAAGGGCAAAGAUGAAGAAGUUAGCACGCAGACAGCAGCAACAGCAGGAGCAACAAAGCAGUCAAAGACUGGGCCCAGAAGUAAUAUCUGGCUGUAUGGAUGGCCUGCUCAGCACCUUCUCAGCGUCUCUGCCUUCGACCCAGCCCCAGUUGGUGACCAUAGAGCAUUGUGGAUACAACAUAGACUGUCUCCAUCAGGGCCUCACUCCACCUCAAAUGCCUGGUGACCACAUGAAUCCGUAUGGUAUGGAUUCCAUUUUCCAUGACAAUGACAGUGACACCUCUAUGACAAGUUUAAGUGAGUCCUUUGUUGCCUUGCCAGGCGGAUGCUUCCUACAGGCACAAACAGGAAACCCAAUAGACAGCCUUUACUCCAUGCACAGCUGCUACUUUGCUUCCUGAGACCUGGCCAUCAUUGUCUCAUGCUGCUGAAUAAAUAUUUUCCAAACUAUUCACAAAUAGACAAAGUUAAAUAUCAAAUUGACUGUGUUUGAUUUAGGGAAUUUAAUGCACUAAAAAAAUAAUAAUAAUAAUACUUUCGAACAUGUUCAAACUAUUGUCAGCCAGCUCGUGUAGA